CGUUGGAGCUGGAGACUUUUCAAUAUUCAUCUUAGCAUUGUGCCAAAAAAAAUAAGAUCAAAGUCAUAUCCAGAAAUUUCAACCACUCACGCUUCAUACCUAGACUAUUGAAAAUCAGCAUUUAUUGCAUCAGACAAGAAUGAAUAAUUCGAUUCUAAUAACUCGUCAAGAAGAUGGUUCGUAUGAGAUAGUUUGAGCUGAUAGAAACAUCUCUUAUCUUCUUCUUCCUUCAUUAACCUUUUAAAAAAAAUUCCGAUGAUCUGUUUCAUUUUGUUUGUUUUCUCUUUUCUCGUUUCCGUCUCCGCAACAGCGCCAUACAAGCCAGACGAUGUUUUUCUCAUCAACUGUGGAGAAACCGAUGUCCCCUUCGACAACCACGGUCGAACUUGGACGCAGGAGGAGAAGAAUAUUCUUCCGAAGAAUUCAGACAACGCGUCGUUCUCUUCAGUUGUAUCAUACAAAGAAGAAUCAGGGAUUCCUCAAGUGCCUUACAUGACUGCUCGGAUUUUCCGAUCUGAUUUCACGUACAGUUUUCCAGUCUCUCCCGGCUGGAAAUUCCUCCGCUUAUACUUUUACCCUACAAGUUACAAAUCCGGUUUUGACGCCGUUAACUCCUUCGUCUCCGUCACCGUCAAUGAUUUCACUCUCUUGCAAAACUUCAGCGCCGAUUUAACAGUAAAGGCUUCAAUACCAGAAUCAAAAUCUCUAAUCAAAGAAUUCAUCGUUCCGGUUUACCUGACUCUGAAUCUCACGUUCAGGCCGUCUAAUAAUUCGUUAGCUUUUGUUAACGGAAUCGAGAUUGUCUCCAUGCCUGACCGGUUUUACUCAAAGGGAGGAUUUGACGACCUUAUAACUAACGUCGGUAGUUUAAUUGACUUCGAGAUAGACAACUCCACUGCUUCCGAGACCGUUCACAGGUUAAACGUAGGUGGACAUAUGGUGGACGAGGUCAACGAUUCAGGGAUGUUCCGACGGUGGCUUUCUGAUGAUUAUGAGUUCUUAAUUGGUGGAGUCAGUCCAUAUAUGCCAGAUGUAAAUAUCAGCUACACUGAGAAAACUCCCGCGUAUGUUGCGCCAGCUUACGUGUACUCCACGUGUCGCAUGAUGGGGAACGCCCAAGACACUUAUCUAAACCUGAAUUUCAACCUGACCUGGCUCUUUACAGUCGAUGCCGGGUUUAGUUACCUUGUGAGGCUUCAUUUCUUUGAGAAGUACCUGAACAAAGCCAAUCAACGCGUCUUCUCCAUCUUCCUUGGAAAUCAGAUGGCUAGGGAAGAGAUGGACGUGAUUCGGUUGAGUGGUGGUCCUCGGAUUCCGAUUUAUCUAGAUUUCAGAAUAUAUGUUGGUUCCGAAAGUGGGCCCAGACCUGAUCUACGACUUGACUUGCAUCCUCUGGUGAAGGAUAAUCCAGAGUAUUAUGAAGCUAUUCUGAAUGGUGUAGAGAUUCUCAAGCUAAACAACUCAGGUAAUCUCGCUAUCAUCCAAGACAAUGAACUAAAACCAAAUCCUCCACUAUCAUCGAACUUGACACCAAACCAUGUAACGCAGCAGAUCAAAGGUAAGUCUUCACAUCUUCUGGUGAAAAUCUUCAUAGCCGUUGGUCCCGGAACUGGGCUGGCGACUUUCGUUGUUGUUCUCAUGUUGUGGAUGCGUCAGAUGAAGAGGAAGAAUAGGAAGGAAGAAAGGGUCGUCAUGUUCAAGAAACUACUGAAUAUGUACACUUAUGCAGAACUAAAGAAAAUUACAAAGUCAUUUUCUUACAUAAUUGGGAAAGGAGGAUUUGGAACUGUUUAUGGAGGAAACCUUAGUAAUGGUCGUAAGGUUGCAGUAAAAGUUUUGAAAGAUUUGAAGGGAAGUGCUGAAGAUUUCAUCAAUGAAGUUGCAAGCAUGAGCCAAACAUCUCAUGUGAACAUUGUUUCUCUUCUUGGUUUCUGCUUCGAAGGGUCUAAGAGAGCCAUUGUGUAUGAGUUUUUGGAGAAUGGGUCUCUCGAUCAGUUCAUGUCUAGAAAUAAGUCAUUGACACAGGAUGUAACAACACUAUAUGGAAUCGCGCUAGGCAUCGCUCGGGGAUUGGAGUAUUUGCAUUAUGGCUGCAAAACAAGAAUUGUGCAUUUCGACAUUAAACCUCAGAAUAUUCUGUUAGAUGGCAAUCUUUGUCCUAAAGUCUCAGACUUUGGCCUUGCUAAGCUUUGUGAGAAAAGAGAAAGUGUAUUGUCAUUGAUGGACACAAGAGGAACUAUAGGUUACAUUGCACCAGAGGUCUUCUCAAGAAUGUAUGGCAGAGUCUCACAUAAGUCUGAUGUGUAUAGCUUUGGAAUGCUUGUCAUCGACAUGAUUGGAGCAAGGAGCAAAGAAAUAGUAGAAACUGUUGAUUCCGCCGCUAGUUCAACUUACUUUCCAGAUUGGAUUUAUAAGGAUCUUGAGGAUGGAGAACAAACAUGGAUAUUUGGUGAUGAAAUAACCAAAGAAGAAAAAGAGAUUGCUAAGAAGAUGAUUGUGGUAGGACUCUGGUGUAUCCAACCAUGCCCAUCAGAUCGUCCAUCGAUGAAUAGAGUCGUUGAAAUGAUGGAAGGAAGUUUAGAUGCUCUUGAAAUUCCUCCAAAACCUUCUAUGCAUAUCUCCACUGAGGUUAUUACCGAAUCUUCUUCACUCUCUGAUGGCGGGGAAGAUGUAUAAAAAGAAUUGUUCAUAAUUAUUAGCAUGAAGAUCCUAUUCUUGUUUGUUUUGUUGAUCGGAUAGAAAGAAGUGUAAAAGAUAAAAUUUAAAGUUGUCACAGUAAAACCACAAAUAUUCUUCCAAUUCAAAUCGCA